UUGCAGACCACGGAGAUCUGAAAGACUGAGAAAGUCUGAAACCCCACUCCCAAAAAAUAAAAAAAUACAUAAAAUAAAAAUAAAUAAAUAAAUAAAUAGUAAAAAUAAAAAGGAAGGCACCUCCCCCAUUCGCUUCGCAGCAGCAGCAGCAGCAGUGUUGAUGGCCUUCUUCUCCGGCAAUCGCCGGGGAGGUGGCGGAGGCUUCGCCUCAUCUCUUCUCCCCAGCACCUCCAAGCCACGCCCUCUCCGGAAACCCUCGUCCGCUCGCCAUCGCAACCCUCUCCGUGAUAUUCUCUGCCCUAGCUCCACCUUCUUCGCCCUUGGCCUCACCAUCUCCCUUCUCUUUUUUCUCGCCAUCGUCCUUCGUUUCGGCGUCCCUAAUCCCCUCUCUUCCUCCUCCCACCCCCGUCCACGCCUCGUCCGCCGCCCCGCCUUCCGGAGACCCAUCCCUUCCGGUACUGCCUCCGAUCGGAGCGGCGAGAUUAGAACAGCCAAGGUGGACAUCACCACCAAGGAUCUGUAUGAUCGGAUCGAGUUUAUGGAUGUGGAUGGGGGCCCUUGGAAGCAGGGCUGGCGGGUGACCUACAGAGGGGAUGAAUGGAAUAAGGAAAAGCUUAAGGUCUUUGUGGUGCCGCACUCGCAUAAUGAUCCCGGGUGGAAGCUCACCGUCAAUGAGUACUACGACCGUCAGUCCCGGCAUAUCCUCAACACCAUCGUGGAAUCCCUUUCCAAGGAUACUCGCCGGAAAUUCAUAUGGGAGGAGAUGUCUUACUUGGAGAAGUGGUGGAGGGAUGCCACGAGUUUGCAAAAGGAAAGCUUCACUAAACUGGUACAGAAUGGUCAGUUGGAGAUCGUUGGAGGAGGUUGGGUUAUGAAUGAUGAGGCCAACUCACACUAUUUUGCAAUCAUAGAGCAGAUGAUGGAGGGAAAUAUGUGGCUGAAUGAUACGAUUGGAGUCAUUCCAAAAAAUUCUUGGUCUAUUGAUCCAUUUGGUUAUUCACCAACUAUGGCGUAUUUGCUUCGCCGCAUGGGUUUUCAGAACAUGCUGAUACAGAGAACUCACUAUGAGUUGAAGAAGGAGCUAGCUUUGCGAAAAGAUCUUGAAUUCAUUUGGAGGCAGAGCUGGGAUUUAGAUGAGACAACUGAUAUAUUUGUUCAUAUGAUGCCUUUCUACUCAUAUGAUAUCCCUCACACGUGUGGACCUGAGCCAGCAGUUUGCUGCCAGUUUGACUUUGCUAGGAUGCGUGGCUUUAGUUAUGAAGCUUGUCCAUGGAGGAUAGACCCUGUUGAAACAAACCCAAGCAAUGUGCAGGAGAGAGCAUUGAAGCUUCUAGACCAGUAUAAGAAAAAGUCAACCUUGUACAGAACCAAUACACUUCUUGUUCCGCUGGGGGAUGAUUUCCGUUAUGUUAGCAUCGAUGAAGCUGAAGUCCAAUUUCGAAAUUAUCAAAUGCUUUUUGAUCAUAUAAAUUCUAGUCCAAAUCUGAAUGCUGAAGUCCAAUUUGGUACGCUUGAAGAUUACUUUCAAACCCUUCGGAAUGAAGCAGAAAGGAUUAACUUCUCUCAUCCUGGGGAAUUGGGCUCAGUUGAACUUGGUGGGUUUCCUUCUUUGUCCGGAGACUUUUUUACAUAUGCUGAUAGGCAACAUGACUACUGGAGUGGCUACUAUGUUUCACGGCCAUUUUUUAAAGCAGUUGAUCGUGUUCUAGAACAAACUUUGCGUGCAACAGAGAUUAUGGCAGCACUAGUUUUGGGAUACUGUCAGAGAUCAUCAUGUGCAAAACUACCCAUUAGUUUUGCCCACAAGUUGACAGCUGCAAGGAGGAAUCUAGCUCUUUUCCAGCAUCAUGAUGGUGUAACAGGUACUGCUAAGGAUUAUGUUGUGGAAGAUUAUGGAAAUCGAAUGCAUAUAUCUGUGCAGGACUUGCAGAUUUUCAUGUGUAAAGCAGUUGAAAUUCUUCUUGGUCGUUUUGAUAAUAAAUCAGAUCCUACAUUAUACUCUGAGUUUGAAGCAGAGCAGACCAGAUCAAGAUAUGAUGCACAGCAAAUGCAUAAAGUUAUAGAGGUUGGCGAAGGACAUGCCCACCCAGUUACAUUUUUCAAUCCACUGGAGCAAACUAGAGAAGAGAUUGUCAUGGUUAUUAUUACUAAACCAGAUGUGUGUGUUUUGCACUCUAAUGGGACACACAUCAGGAGCCAAAUCUCUCCUGAGUGGAGGCAUGAUAAUAAAGGAAAGUUUUUUACUGGAAACCAUCGGCUUUAUUGGAAGGUUGCAAUUCCUGCUCUUGGUUUGGAGACUUACUAUGUUGCAAAUGGAAAUAUGGGCUGUGAAAAAGCUAUACCUGUUGAAUUGAAAAUACAAAGUGGUGCUGAUACAUUACCUUGCCCUGCUCCCUAUGUAUGUUCAAAACUUGAAGGCAGCAAUGCAGAGAUCCUCAGCCUUAGAUAUACACUCAAAUUUGAUGUAAAACAUGGUUUGCUACAGAAAGUAAUUCAUAAAGAUGGUCAACAAACUGUUAUUGGAGAAGAACUUGCAAUGUACUCUAGUUCUGGAAGUGGUGCUUAUUUGUUUAAACCUAACGGAGAAGCUCAAUCCAUUGUUAAGGCUGGUGGGUUGUUUGUUAUAUCCGAGGGGCCAUUGGUGCAAGAAGCCUACUCUCUUCCUAAGGUCGAGUGGAACAAAGUACCUGUCUCUCACAGCACACGAGUAUAUAGUGGAGAGAAUACUGCACAGGAAUUUGUUAUUGAAAAGGAAUACCAUGUUGAGCUUAUUGGUUAUGAUUUCAUGGAUAAGGAACUGAUAGUGAGAUAUAAGACAGAUGUCGACAACAAGAGGAUAUUUUAUUCAGAUCUGAAUGGUUUUCAAAUGAGCCGGAGAGAGACGUAUGAUAAAAUCCCUUUGCAAGGAAAUUACUACCCAAUGCCGUCACUUGCUUUUUUUCAGGAUUCUUUAGGUCAUCGUUUUUCUGUCCACUCUAAGCAGUCACUAGGGGUGGCCAAUCUUAAAAGCGGUUGGCUGGAGAUUAUGUUGGAUCGACGUUUAAGCAUGGAUGAUGGCCGUGGUCUAGGUCAAGGAGUGAUGGAUAAUCGUCCUACAAAUGUGCUAUUCCACAUUUUGAUGGAGUCCAAUGUCUCAGCAGCUUCUUCUGGACAGGCAAUGCUGCCUCUCCAACCAUCUCUUCUUUCCCACCAAAUAGGGGCUCAUCUGAACUACCCUUUGCAUGCAUUUGUCAGUAAGAAAUUACUGGCUAGGUCAUCCCCACUGCUGCCAAGGUCCUUUGCUCCGUUAUCUUCCUCCUUGCCAUGUGACUUGCAUGUUGUGAACUUCAAAGUUCCACGCCCUCUCCAGUUUUUACACAUAGCACCUACAGACUCCAGAUUCACGCUUUUCUUGCAGAGGAGGGGUUGGGAUUCUUCCUACUGUAGAAAGGGUGGGCUGCAGUGUUCAACAUUGGGAGACGAUCCUGUCAAUCUCUUUUACAUGUUUAAAGAUCUCUCAAUCUCAAAUGUGGAAGCAACUUCCUUGAAUCUCUUACAUGAUGAUCCAGAAAUGCUGGGCUAUAUGGAGCAGGUAGGUGAUGUUGCCCAGGAGGGAAACAUUCUAAUAGCUCCAAUGAAUAUACAGGCAUACAGACUAGAAGUACAGACACAAAUGUACGGCCACAACCAAGAGUAACAUAGAGCAUGCUCUUGUGAUUUUCUUUACAGGCUGUCAUUUCCAUUUCAUUGAAUUUUUCAAUGGAGGCAUAUCCAAAUAUCUGGAAAUUAUUAGGUAUAACUACUUGAGCUGCUUUUUUGGUAAGACAUUGAGAUGUCACUUAAGGAUCAAGAAACUGAAUGAUGUAGAGAAAAAUGUGAUAGACUUCUAUAAGCUGUGGAAGCAUGUAUUGGCUUCAAUCGGCAUGUGAAUAUAUUUAGUAUCUGACGAGCUUUAAUCUCUUGUUAUCAGGUUUUCGAGAGUAAGAUAGCUUUGAGUUGUACCUUGUUUCGAUACAGACUUUAAUUGUGUUUUAGUAAAUCUUGUAUGGUGGAUUUUAGCUAUACACAAGGAUCUACCUUGCUUUGGUUGAUCUAUAUGCUUCUUUCA